AUGGACUUCGAGCUCAUUGCUCGAAACCUAAAUGCAACAUCGAGUGAAUCGGCGCCAUCAGGCCGGCCUGCCUCCUUCAAAAUCAUAGGGGUCUCGCUGGCUGUUGGCUCUGGUCUGUUUAUCGGGACGUCCUUCGUGCUGAAGAAGGUUGGACUUCUCAGGGCCAACGAAAAGUACAAUGAGGUUGCUGGCGAGGGCUACGGAUACCUCAAAAACGCUUUUUGGUGGAGCGGCAUGCUGCUCAUGAUUGUCGGCGAGAUCUUGAACUUUGUCGCCUAUGCAUUCACGGAUGCGAUUCUCGUCACGCCCCUGGGAGCCUUAUCCGUUGUCAUUACCACGGUUCUCUCCGCCAUCUUUCUCAAAGAACGACUCAGUCUGGUUGGUAAGGUUGCGUGCUUUCUGUGUAUCGUUGGCUCCGUCACCAUCCUCCUGAAUGGCCCUCGUGAAUCUUCGGUCGGCAAUAUUCAGCAGAUGCAACAAUAUUUCGUCACCCCCGUCUUCCUGACCUAUGCCGGCGUAAUUCUCGCAGGCUCCCUCCUGACUGCAGUUUUUGCCGGCCCCAGGUGGGGUAAGAAGAAUAUGAUGGUGUACAUUUCCAUCUGCAGUUGGAUUGGCGGUUUGAGCGUCGUGUCCACUCAAGGCCUGGGCGCCGGCAUUAUAGCAUGGAUCGGUGGUCAACCACAGUAUAAAGAGCCAUUUCUAUGGAUCCUGCUGGCCUUUGUCAUUGGCACGCUACUGACGGAAAUCAUCUUCUUAAAUAAAGCGCUCAACCUCUUCAACGCGGCCCUUGUCACACCUACAUAUUACGUCUACUUUACCAGUACCACCAUCAUCACUUCUGUCGUCUUGUUCCGAGGUUUCAAGGGCACUCCACUGCAAAUUGCCACUGUUGUCAUGGGCUUUCUCACGAUUUGCUCGGGCGUGGUCCUGUUGCAGUUGUCCAAGUCAGCCAAGGAUGUUCCCGACGCUGCCGUCUUCAAAGCCGACCUUGAUCAAAUUCACACCAUCGCCGAACAAGAGCAACCCGAGACCGAGCCCAAGGCCGAUGCUAUUCGUGGUACGGCCGCCAUCGUCCGUAGAAUAUCUAACAUGCGCUUAAAGAUGGAGGCCGACGAAUUGAAGAGGCUCCACGAAGAGAAGAUGGCAGAGAGUAUGGCCACUAUUAGUGAGGAUGGCGCAUCGAUGUACGAGUGGGACGGUCUGAGAAGGAGGAGAACCCUGGCGGCAAGCACGCGAGCACGCGCCGCAACAUCACCUCAAUCUCCUUCUUCACCUGGCUUCCGGCCCACAAGUCCUCAUCCUCCGCUGGGCAUGUCGCGCUUCCCAACGGACGAGGAACUUGAGCAGACGGAGCAAGGCAUCACAUUCUCUAGCAUUGCUGGCACCAUUCGAGGCCGGCCUCGGACCAGUGCCACACUACCAACUUACCACGACCAAUAUCCCGACAAAGCCAAAGCCAGAAGUCCACUUCAUCCCAUUCCACUAACGCAUAUACAAAUGCCGACACAGAAGCCUGACGACGAAGCUGGGGCCUAUUAUGGGAGAACUCGCGAGCAUGUCUUCAGCAAUCAGGACACUGCGUAUCACGGCGUCGCGGAUGGCAAUGUUCAGGACAUGCCACCAAUACCGCCGCCACACUCUGCCCGGCGGCAGUUUUCAUUCAAUCGGGUUUUCAAGCGAAACGCAGGACCUACGGAAGAGGAAAGAGAAGGCCUGGUCAAAGAGGGGGGUACUCAAGAUAAGCCUUCGUUUAUCUAG